AUGACAGUAGGCAUCUUGUCUGAACUCCCAAGCUUUCCCCACCGCUCGCUCCCCAGCUCCCAGUCCACACGAACUCACAGGCUGCUGCAUCUAGGCCGCCUGUCCUUGCCGCCGCGGCGGAUCUCGUCUCCUGGGCGCGCCGGGGGUUCCUGUGCAACGGCCGCCGACGAUGAAUCCGUCUCCCGCGCCGGCGUGCUGCUGGAUUCAGCCUACUCGCGCAGGGUGGCUUCGCCGAGACUCGGCCUCAGCUCAGGGGGGAGAUGUAGCCGCCCGCCGCGUGCGUUGACUACUGCGGGAGAAGGGGGGAACGCGGGCGACGCCUCCGUGGCCCCGUGGAUCGGAGGAGCACGGCCGGAUGCACCAUGUCCGCAGUCACCACUCCCCGGUUACUGCCUGCAUGCAGUUCGUCGAGCUAGUAAGGCCCAUCAGGUUUCAGUUUGUAAUUGGAUAGUCUGAGAUGAUGAGUGCUGAAGCAAUGGGCCCGCAUUAUUGGAAGCAAGGUUGCCUCCUAAUGUCGAGACCUUCCAGAGCGUAUCUUUUUGAAACCACUGUUGCAAAAUCAAGACUUGCCAGAGCAUGUCUUUCGCUGAAACUACUGUUGCAAAAAUUUGGGCGUAAGCAUCCCUGCCCCCCUUACUUGAUCCUGGUAAAUCAUAUAUGUAGUUCUUACUAUCAAUUUCAUGCUAGGCUUCAGCUAGCAAAUGCUAGGCUUCAGUCACAUGCUUAUGUUGGGUGGAUCUUAAGAUUCGUAGUUAGCUAAGUAAUCACACGCUGAAUAUGGUUUUGACACUCAAUUGAUUUGUGUAGCUAAACAACCAAAACUUCCAAUAAUUACAAAAUGCAGAGAAACUAAGCAGAGAAAAGGAAAACAAGGCCAACGGCAAAAACCAAAAAACUAGCAGAAACUAAGGCGCAGCUGCGCGGCCGGAUCAGGCGGGCGUGGGUGCACCCCAUGUUGCGAUCUGAUCUCGUGCGUACUUCAUAUAGAGUGUGCCCAAGGUCUUUUGUACACAUGAUUCUACACCAGAUCAUGUGGAGUCAUAGUUCUGGCGAGGGAUUGAAUUUGAAUAGUUUUGUGAUGUUAAUUUUACACCUUUGUCAAAAUCCAUACGUGGAAGGCCUAAAAGUGUUGUGUUUGAUGAGUCCUAGGAGUAUUAACUGAAGUUGGUUCCAGUUGUAUCGGGUUUUAGAUGGGUGGGUGGUUCUCCUGUUCUGUCCGUGUACUUAAGAUGAUAUGUGACGCUGUGACACCAGAUUAACGAAAGAAGAAGAGCUUGAUCAUCAUAUUUUUCUUUUGAGCAUGGCGGACUAACCUAGUGGUUUAUUUGUUGAAACCAAAGACAUAUUAGUACACGAGGCUUCAUCUGAUUUCUGUUUUGAGCAUGGAUAAUUAAUCCCCCAGUUCAUUUGUUGAAACCCUAGUCCAGGUACCAAGCCCAUCCGUACUCCAUUUCUUCCUUGAUGGGGAGUGCAAGGAUAUGGGUAGCGUCCGUAGCCCAAAAGAUGGAUUUCACCAGCUGUUCAUCCCAAGUCGCUGUGUAUGGGUCCUUGAGCUCCGUUGUCGUUUAGAUGAUGGUGUUUCCCCGUGGUGUGAAAGGCUUUCUAUCCCAGUUUCUUGGGAGCCAGGGGUCCUCACAGAUUUUUACCGCCGUGCCAUCGCCCACUCGGUUGAUGAUUAUUCCUUGGUUGAGUACCUCAACACCUUGCAAAAUGCCUCGCCAUGCAUAGGACAUCCCAUCUUUUGCUUCCGCAUGAAGAAUGUCCAUAUCUGGGUAUUACCUCGCCCGGGUUGUCGAACAGUCUCCAGCCCUGCUCAUGGCUAGGUUGAACGUAUGGAAUGGAGAUCCUUAAACCCUAAUCCUCCUCCCUUCUUGAACCUUGUAAGUUUUUCCGCGGACAGCCAAUGGAUCUUCUGGUCUUCAUCCUGUUGCGCUCAGAAAAACCUCGAGAUCAUGGCUGUCAUUUGCUCGCAUAACCCUUUUGUAAGGUCAAAUACCGACUGCAAAAAUCGGUAUAGCUUGGGCACAUGCUUCUAUGAGGAUCUCUUUUUCAGCCUUGGUUCUGGAUUGGCCAACUAUUUGUCCUUGGAGUAUAUAGCUACUUAAGGAAAUGAUGGUUCAGUGUUGACAAGUCAUAGGAGGAUGUGGAGGAUGGCUGUGAUUGCCGAGGCAAACGUGUGGGGGAUGUUGGUUGCUGUGUUCGAUUCACUCCGGCGUAUCUGCAUCGAGUUCUGUGGACCUAAGCGCUAUUAAGGACUCAUCGGGGGGCUACUUGCGAAAUUAGGCAAGCCCCUCUCUGGCCGUUGGAUCUACCAUCCAACGGUCCGUAUGCGCGCUCUGUAGCAUAAGAAAGACGAGUUCCGAGCCGACCCCCCGCCGCCACCAUCAGAUCUCGAUCCAUUCGCCCCAUUCCCCUCCCGCCCGGCAAAACCCUAGCCCUCGUCGCCACCUCCCCGCCGCUCUCCAUGGAAGGUCUUCUACCUCUCCGGCCCGUGCUCUUCCGCCGCUCCAGCCGGCAGAGAGGUUCUGCCCGGUCGUCCGCGACAUCCGUCUUCUCCGACUGAAAUCCACAUCAACCGCUCGCUCUUUCUUCUAUCCUCAAGAUCCGGAGGGGAAGAAGAUGGAAGAUCCGAUGGAACAGGAGAGUGAAGAUCUGAAGGCGGGGGAAAAGAAGACGAAAGAUCCGGUGGAGAAGGAGAUCGAAGAUCUGAAGGCAAAGAAGGUGCGCCUGACACCGCAACUGGUUCACUCCAUGUCUAACUACUGUUGGAUGUUGGGCGGGCUCGGCACUUUUUACGGGGCAUUAGAUGAUUUGCCCCAGUUUACUUGGGCAUUAGAUGAUUUGCCCCAGUUUACUUGGGCAUUAGAUGAUUUGCCCCAGUUUACAUGGGAUUAGAUCAUUGCUCCCCACUUUUUACCUCUUCGUCUUCACCGUCACAUACUUUGCACCUCUGGCCGCCCAAUUCAUGUCUCCUCCUCCUGCUUCCCCUAGCUCAAAGUUGCUGAUGCCUGCUCCACAUACCACACUGCCCCAUGUGGGUUGUAAUCCGAUGCUUGCACAGUACAUUGCUGCCAUGUACCCCCCUAGUCAGGUCUGCGCCCUGCUCUCCACAACUGCCUACGACUGUACUCCAAUGCUUGUGCAAUACAUCGCCAGUAUUGCUCCUGGUCGAAUUUGUGCUAUGCUGCCCACAACUGCCACUGAUCAUCCUGCCUCGGGUGCCUCCCCAUCUUCCUUGGCUUCAGACUCAUCCCAGUCAAACAAGCUCAAAUCUUAUAUAUCUUUCUGGGAUAGGUUGACUGUGGCAUUCUUGUUGGGAGCAAUGUUCCUCAUUGCUACGGUGAAGCCACGAGUUGAUGCAGCGGCAAAGGCUGAGGACCGUGCUGCCAGCAAGGAUGACAAGGUGUAUGAGGCUGUGCUUGAUGAGCUGUGCAAGGACCAUAGAUAUGCCGCAAGAGCCCAAGCAGAAGUCCAUGAGGCCACCCGCUGUACCUUUCCUGCAUCACAUGCCCUGCGUCCCGAUGUUGCUCGCCGCAUGCGCACCCGUGAUGACGCUGUCAAAGCGAGAGAAGAGGCUUGCAAGAAGGUUGACGACCUAAGGGCAGUGGUUGGUGUGGCCAGAAUGGGGAAGGUUGAAAGGUUCAUGGUCCGCUGUUUUUUUGUCCUCUCGAUCUUGUUCUCCUUGAGUGCAGGGAUCUGCAGUGCAGCUGCUUUCUUCAGAUCUGCUCAACUAGAGAAGGGGGGUUCGAUGAGCCUUGCUGCUGUUAUUGGCACUAUUGCUGUUGCAGGAGUACCGAUGGUCUUGGCGCAUGCCCAUUUCUUAUAUGUUGCUUUGUACGAGAACUAGUUUUUGCAGCGCCAAUACAUUGUGUUACUUAUGGUUUGAGAACUUAUGUGGAAAAGUGAACUGUAGGCUGAUUUAUUGUAAUUCUGCAUGUUAUCCCUGUAUUCAGUCCACUCCUCAUCUUUUAAUUAAGAACCAAAUGAUCACUGCUGCAUCUCAAAUAAGAGACAUAGUGGUGUUGUGCUGUAACUGCACAUGACAAAAGCUAUUGUUCAAGUUCUUGACAUUAUUUUGAAUGCAUUUAAUCCUGUUUUUGAAUUAAAUGCUAUAGACUGGAUCCUCUUUUUAUUCCCCUGUUAUGUUGAAUGAACUUUUGAAUAUUGGGCCUGUGCUUGCAUUCAAGUUGAUUUGUUUUUUUCAGAUGUGAGUGUGUAUGGGAAGUUUAUAGUUUGGGUGUAUGAGAGUUUGUGCAUUUUAGUGCAGGUUUUGGGGACUGUUUGCAAUUUAGCUUCAGACAACAAUGAUCCACAUCCUCUGUUGGUAGUUGCAAUCCCUACGGUAGUUCCUUAGCCUCCUAUAAAUUAGCACAUCCUCAAGAGUAUGACAGUUGAGAUAUUUAUAGUAGAACUGAUGAUGCUGUAUCACCUUUUCCUACUAAGUCAUUGAAGCUUCUUGCUCCCAGCUUAUGACUGUACAGAACUACAUCUUCAGAAUUUAUUGGAUAUUCUGACCAUGUCUUUUUCCUGAGCAAAAUCAGAGUACUUAACUGUACAAUAAUCAUGUUUUUCUCUUGGGUUAGUAAAAGAAGGAAUUGGAUAUAAUAACUGCACAAUGUGUUUUCUGUGGUUGGCCACUUCCAGUUGAAAAGCUCAAUAAAUAUAGGCCUGGGACUGGAUUAUAAGACGAUAAAACUAGAUAGUAGUCAUAGCAUGUGUGAUUUGUUAAAGUAGCUUUUAGAGAUUUAUCUUGGCCACACUACUCAAGGUCUCAGAAGCUCAUCUGUCCAAGUUCAUAGCUGGUUUUUGCUUUGCAACAGUCCAUAUCAUCUAAAGGAUUAUUUGGCGCAUUCUGGGGAAUGAGGGAGACUAUACCUAUUGGUAGACUCAUUGGAUUUUGGCAACAUGUACAGUGAGGUACAACUGCAACUUGAUGUGUGGAUAUUGAGAGUAAGUUAGUAGGCAUAUUGUUUAUCCUCAGGUUCAGCACUUCUAGUUAGGUUUGUUAAUUAUCUCACACUACAUGAUAUAUAUUACAAGUGUAACGUAUUUAUCUGAAAAGUGAUGACUGAGAUGUGUUACUAUAUGAUCUUCUCUGAAAAGUAGUGCCUAUUUUGGCCUUCUUACUGCUGUUUGGAUGAGGGUUUUACCUACAUGCCCAUCUUACAGUUUCUCAGUAUAAAAAAUCCUAGCCUGUUUGUGUCGCGCUGCUACUUUUGUAUUCAAGAACAUUUGGAUGUUUUAUGACUCUGUAAUGGUAAUGCUUGUUAAUCCUGCUACAGUCAUAUUGUUGUUCUUUCUUCCAACGCACUUAUGUAAUUAUGUAUGUGUGGUAUUGUGACACGAUGUUCAGCCUAUGAUACGAAGCACAACAGUAAGUAUACCAGUCCAAGAGCAACCGGCACAUUUGUUUAUGUUUCACACUUGUCCAAACAUUUAAUGAGUUGGAUGAUUUUUUUUAUGAAAUAAAUCUGCAAUUUGCAGUAUGCCUGGCUAGUAACAGUGCAAAAUAUUGAACAGAAACAUGUACAUAUAUUCCUAACCAUUAAGAUACGAAGCUUUCAGAUACCAAGGCACGAGGAGCGGUCGCCCUCGGGGACGGCUCUCCUGCUGGCCUGGAGCGAGUCGCCACAGCCUUUGAUGCAGGAGAGGAAGGAUAUGCAUACCCUUAUGCGGCUGGUGUGCUGGGAAGUGUGAAAACAUUGAAACGCUGUUGUCUUCGGCAAUGCACUACUGGUCUUGAGUGUGGUGCUGAAGCGGAUUCAUGAGGAGGGUAGGGCUUGGCAGAAAGCCGGGUUAUUUCGGAGUGACAUGGCUUUAUUCUUUCAUAAGUUGUUUAGGUGAGGAGUAGUUGCCUUGUAUUCAGCCUAAGGCCAAAUUUGUAACUUGGUGGACGAGAUAUUCUAGAAGAAGAAAAAAGAUAUCAAGGUUGCAACAUAGGGGAACAUUUCUGGAUGUAUAACUUUUGUAUGAAGCAGCAUGCAGAUAUCACCUUUUUGUUACCCAGGAAUUUUCUCCAACUAUAUUUGACUAUAACAAAAGGAAAUCUUUCAAGUUUG